AGGCGGGCUGUGUAUGGAAAGUUUAAGUUCUCUUCCGAAGUUUUUAAGUUUCUAGUGUUGAUAUUGGCGUCACGUCUUCGCUCUUAGUGCAAUUCAAACUAAGAUUGAGCACGAGAACAACCAAAAUAUUCGUGUUCAUUAAACCGAUGUGCUGUUCGGAGGCGAAUCAUGUUGGUAAUCAGACCUAACAUGGCAUCCUUCAGUGGGUCUCCAACAGACGUUCCUCAGGACAACAAACAACUGCUAAAAGGCAACCAAACUGCUGACAUGGCAAGCUGUCAGGAUAAAUUCAAAGUAGAGGAUGCGACAAGAGACAACACUGUGGAAUCCUACAUUAACGUCAAAGAAGAAGAUGUAAGCGAGCUCAACGGUGAUGAAAGCAUCAAUACAGGACAAACGUUGCGUGACAACAACCAGUUUGGAGCUGGUAUGUGCCAGCAGGUAACUGGCACAGCAAACCACAUUGACAAAGACCACAACAUUUCUGGGAAGGAGGGUACAGAAAGAAUGGAGCUUAGCGGAGCUGAAAAAAUCCAUACAGAAGAAAAGUUGAAUGAUGAUGACCAGCUUGGAGCUGUCAUGUGUCAGCAGAUAAGCAACGCAGCAAACCACAUCAAGGAAGAACCCAACAUCUGUGGGGAGUGUGGAUACAAGGCAUCGUCGGGGUCCAUGCUCUCACAACACAUGGAGACACAUGCAGGAGAGAAACACACGCACGAGAUACCUGACAAGUCAGACCCCUCCGGACAUACCAAGCCAUACAAGUGUCCCCAAUGUUCCUUUUGCACACCUAUGAAGCAUUCAUUAGAUGAACAUAUGGCUAAACACACCGGUGAGAAGCCCUUUAAGUGUAGGAAAUGUAAAUACAGAACAACAACUAAGUACAACCUCAUCAGACAUAGGAAAAUACACACAAGGGAGACGCCGUACAAGUUUGACCAAGAAGCGUCAGGAGUGUGUGGAGAGUGUGGAUACAAAUAUACAUGUUAUUCCAAAAUGUUGCGACACAUGAAAAUACACUCUAGCGAGAAGCCUUAUAAGUGCGACAAGUGCAACUUUUGCACAGUUUGGAAGUCAUCCUUAGAUAUACACAUGGCUAACAAACACACCGGUGAGAAAAAAUUCAUGUGUGAAGAGUGUGGAUACAGAACAACAACUAGUGCCAGGCUAUCAAGUCAUAAGACAACUCACUCAGGAGAAAAGCCGUACAAAUGUGACCAGUGCAACUUUUGCACAGCUUGGAAGGUGUGCAUAGAUUCACACAAGGCUAACCACGCCGGUGACAAGCGUAACGUGUGCGGGGUGUGCGGGUUUAGGACGGCUUAUCAAGCUCACUUGUACAAACAUAUGAAAACUCAUGGAAACAAACAGUACAGCUGUGACCAGUGUGACUAUGCAGCAUACCAGAAAGCACAUUUAGACAGACACAUCAAGGCUAAACACACUCAGAAGAAAACUUACCAGUACAUGUGCGGAAGGUGUGGGUUCAGUACAAAUAACAGGGCUGUUCUAUCCAGUCAUGUGUGGAAAUCGCACAGAAAAGAAGAGAGCGGAGUAGAGUAUAGGAAUGGACAAAAGUUCUUCAAGUGUGACCAUUGCGACUAUGCCUCUCCACGGAGAGACACCUUGAAGAAUCACAUUGCCUGUAUACACACGCGUGACCCAAGCACGGAAAAGCCUAGAAAAAGUAGAAAGCCUAGAGAAAAGUCCUUCAAGUGUGACCAGUGUGACUUUUGCACUGCUUACAAACACAGCUUGAAGAACCACAUGGCGCAACACACCGGUGAAAAACGUUUCAUGUGUGAAAUAUGUGGGUUCAGGACAGCUGACCAUUCAAGUUUUUCCAACCAUAUGAGAGAGCAUACGGGCGAGGUACACAAGUGUGAACUCUGUGACUAUCGCACUACAUGGAAAGCAAACAUGGUUACACACAUGGUUAAACACAGUGGGGAGAAGCCCUACAUGUGUGAUCAGUGUGGGUACAGGUCAGCUUACAGGUCUGGUCUCAGGAGUCACAUGAAGGUGCAUACAAGAGAAAAACAACUAAACUGUGACUAGUCAUCAUAUUCUUCACCUCUCAGAGGCUGAACAGAACUGAAGUAGGAAAGAAAACUGUUGGUUUAGGACAGAACACAAGUAUGACUAGCCUGAUUAAAUCUCGUUUAUAGCAGCCCGCCCAACAUCCAGCUGGCCUGGUGCUCUGUGGGGAGGGGCCAGUUACAGCCCUGGACAGCAGAGUUUGUGUUACCCAAAUACAUGUACGUUAAUGUAAAGUUCAAUCUUUUAUUUAUUUAGUGAGUGAGUGAGUAUUGUACAGAAUGUGUCAGAAUGUGUUUUAAGCCCUCAACAGUAGCUAACAGUGAGUUGGGCAAGCUUUGCUGUAUGUGCAGCUGAACAAAAAAAAAUUAAUAAAUAAACUAGAGUUCCACAACCUCAUACCUUUACCAAAUGAUAUUUAACCGCUUCAAGCAAAGUAUUGAUCAUGACAAUCCGUCUAUUAGUAUAGACUGCAGUCCUAACAUAUUACUACCUUGAAAUUAUAUAUGUUCAUGACUGGAUGUACAUUUUGUACUGUGCCAAAAAAAAUACAAUAAAGGCCCCAAGAUCAAUUAUCAA